AUGGCAAGGGGCAGGGGAGACCUAGAAAGCAGAUCUCAUGAGGUUCUGAGCCCGACAACCUCCUUAAGGCACCUCCAAGAAGCAAGGCUGUACAACAACUGGACCCAGGCCAUCCAUGGCUCCUCUAGAGCAACCUCAUCUGCUAGGGCACCCAUCAUCACCAUCCCUCAUGGCGCGUCUGGAAAGGACGUUUGGGUUUCACCUGCUGCUGACCAAACCCUGAACCAGACGCCAACAACUACGGCUCCUGUGACCCCUGCUCCAGCAGCACCUAAUUCACAUGGAGAAGGCACUGUUUCAACCCAGCUACCGUCGAAUGACACAGGAUACACGACCUCUAGUGGCUAUAAAUGGCUAAGAGGGGAAGGACAAGAAGUUGAUUGGGCAGGAUGGGUUUGGAAUAAUCUUAACAUCCCUAAACAUAGCUUCUUAUGUUGGCUAGUGAUGUGGAGGAGAGUCCAGACAAAGGACAGGCUGAAAAAGAUGCAGAUUCAUACAGAUGAGCUUUGUCCUCUGUGUGAACAGGAGCUUGAAACUUGUGAACAUAUUUUCAUUACUUGUCCUUAUGCCUCUACCUGCAGGAAACUGUUGGAGGACCAAAUUGGGAUUAAUGUCUCAAUAGUGGACUUGACCCAGCUCAGUACUUGGCUGCAAAAACCAUGUAAUGGCAGGUUUCGAAGGAGAGUGAUCCAGUGCACCUAUGCUGUUCUAAUGUACAACAUUUGGAAGCAAAGGAAUGCUGCAGUCUGGCGGAAAUGCAUAGCAAGUCACCAAAGCACUGUUGAGAGAGUCACUAAAGAGGUUUACUGGCGAAUUGUUAGUGUAAUGCCUAAGAAAGUAUCUUGUACUGAUAAAAACUGGUUUGUAUCUGUCUUAAGCUAG